AUGACAUGCCAAAGAGCAGAACAUGUGUUGCGACUGACUCUGAGGGAGCCCUAUGCCCUGCUUGGAGGAGGCUGCACAGAGACGCUGCUGGUCACCUACAUCAAUCACAUGAAUCAGUCCAAAGGCGCCGCAACAGCUGCAGCUCUGUGCGUCUCUCAGUCUGAAUUCCUCAUGGCAGUUGAGGCAUUCUGCAACUCUCUGCAAUCUGUGGCUCUUUCCUUAGAGCAUGAUGGACAGGACUGUCUCAUUGACCUGACAUAUGCUCAUCGCUGGGUCCCAGAUAUAUACUCCAAAACCUGUGGCUGUGGCCUGGUGGAGGACAGAUCCAACCUGGAGAAGACCCUUUUAAAUACAGCUUACCACACUUUCUCUCCUGUUUCCCUGGAAAACACUGACAAUCAGCCCGAAAUAUUAGAUUCAUUUUCUGCCAAGCUCAAUGCUUUGAAUGUGGCGGUCGAGAUGGCUAAUUUUGUUCUUGAUGUAAAAUAUAUAAUUAAGGAUAUCAACUGAAUUUUGAUGAAUGAAGAGCUGUGCAUUGAAUAAAGCUUGUAGGUUUGAUGUAUUUUAUA